GGCCUCUUGCCUGGAAAACCAAAACAAAACAGAAACUAGUGAGAUAAAAUGAAUAACGCGGAAAAGGAAGGCUGUAAAAAGCUACUUGGCAUGCUUGAUUAUAAUGACCUUUCAUCUCUUGUUGACACUACAACGAAAAAACAAAUAUCGGUUUCACGAACCUCAGAGGCAAUCAAAGCUAUCAUUGAGUACACACCAUCUGCAAUAGAAUUAUUAAAGAGGAAAAAAGUGAAGAGGGAUAUUCUUUUCAAGUUCCUAGCAGAACAGAAAGUGAUUGUGCCAGUUAAUAUAGACAAGUCUGGUUUGAUCCGAAUUAUUUUGAAGAAAUGGGGUACAAACAUUCGAGAAGAUGAUUUUAUGGACAUAGAUCUUGAUGAAGACAAACCAACAAAUACAAAAGCUAGGAACCAGACUUCAACCUCUGCUCAAACCCUUCAGGAUGCUGGGCACCAGUCAUUAGAUUUAGAAGAUAUUAAUCAGCCACUCAAUUCAAGGAACCAGUCACAGCCAGGAGGAGCUCAGGGUCAAGGGAACCAGCAUAUUCACUAUAAUUUUCAAGUUAAUCCGUCUGUUAAUGUUACAAAUGUUCAUGCGGGAACCAGCUCUCCACAGAACACAUCUCAAACAGCACAAGGUCAAAGUGCUUUACUCGACUUGAAUAAUCAACACUGUAUCCAUCCAGGUAGCAGUGUUCCAGGUAUUGUUAAUUCAAAUAAUGUAGAUAAAUUAUCAUCACAAGUAGUUAGCUCAGAAUUUCAAACUUUAGGUGAAAAAUUUGCUGAAUGGUUUUUCAACACUUUGAAUUCAAAUUGUCCUAGUAUGCAAAAAGCGCCAGAAGACUUUGGACCACAUCAUUUCUGGGAUGAUGCGUAUCUUUUACUGAACUCCUGUACACCGGAACCUAACGUGGAGAAGUUUGAAGGACCUAUUCUAGUAUCUCAAAGAUUUCUAGCAUUCUCAAAAGAAGAGCAAGUUUUAUUUAACCCGAAUUUAACUCGUGAAGGAAUUUAUGUGAAAUCAAACCAACAUGGGCUUGUGAUGAUUCUUGUAUGUGGAACUCUACAUCGACACAAUGAAUGUUUAGGCAUAUUCCAACAAGUGUUUGGUAUUGUUAAAGACCCUCGUUUUGAUAAUAAUUGGAAAAUUAAAAUGAUUAAACUUGAUGUUAAAACAUCAAAACCAACAGGCAUGCCUAAACUUGAAGGUAAUCUUGACAGCCAAAUAAUGGCCCUAGUGGCUGUAUAAGUCGGAUAAUGUACAAUGUACAUAUUGUAUUUAUCGUAGUUUAAUUAAUUUGAGCCGUGUCACGACAAAACCAACAUAGUGUGUUUGCGACCAGCAUGGAUCCAGACCAGCCUGCGCAUCCGCGCAGUCUGAUCAGGAUCCAUGCUGUUCGCUUACCAACUCUAUUACAAGUAGAGAAACUGAUAGCGAACAGAAUGGAUCCUGAUCAGACUUAACACCUUUUUAAGUGAAAGGCAUCAAUUAAAGUUAUCAAUAUUUUAACAUGCAGCAAUAGAUCAAAUGGUGUAUACAAUUAAAGGAUCAAAUUUUCAUCCAUUAAGUUUUACUAGUAAUUGCUACAAAAUGCCUUAUUUUUCACAUUUUGAUAUGCAUAGAUAUUAUUUCAAUGGAGUAUAUAGGAGCUGCUUAGUGCUUAUCUACAUUUCAUUUCGGUUAUUUUUCCCAUUUUUACUAUCAUCUAUGAAACCACCAACUUGUUUUAGCACAUAAUCUUUUAAUUAUGUGGCCUGAGACAUCUAAUCCUUACUAGCCUUGACAUGUUAUUGGUUGUUUGCUUUCAUCAUUUUAUAUCUUUUGACACUCAAUCAUGUCAUCUGUGUCAUUUUCUGGCUAUUUCCCUAUUAUGUCAUAAUUAAGAUUUUCGUAACUGAUCAGUACCAUGUGUAUAACAUUUAUAAUGUUCAGACUUUAAAUCUCAUUGUACAUUUUUGGUAGUAAAGUUGUAUUGGACCAGAUUUAACAAUGAACUUGAUUUUCUUGGUCUAUACCAAAAACCUGUGUGCAAAAUUUCAGAUCAGUUGAUCACUUCUUUUUCCGGAAAAAUCAAUUUAACUGUGUAAAAUGAGCUGAAAAUGAAAAUUUUAACUUUUAACUGGAAUCAAGCUAAAAAUCACACUUGAUAUUGAUUUCCAAUUUAGUUAUGAGUAUUAUUGUUAUAUUUUUUCAUAUUUCUCUGUUUAAGUGGCCCAGUCAAUCUUUUUAGAAUUUUUAAAUUUUAUGUUGUGAAGUACCUUUAAAACAAAUAAUUUCUGUAAGAUUUGUUUAAUGGUUAUUGCUAAACCAGGUGUUGAAAAUAUUUUCCUCAUAGAAAUAUAAAUGGGGGG